GCUCCACUAUGUCCGUGAUGGGGGAGCCCAACUACGGGGCGUGGGUGGCCCAAAGGGGGGCAGGUUUCGGCGGCAACCUCACCAUCGUGGACGUAGUGCUGCCCGACAUGCUCCACAUGGUCGACGCGUACUGGUAUCAGUUCCCCCCUAUCACCCCCCUGUGGCACGGCAUCCUCGGGUUCAUGAUGGUCGUCUUGGGCAUCAUUUCUGUCGUCGGAAACGGCAUGGUCAUCUACAUAUUCUGCUCGACGAAGAGCCUCAGGACGCCCUCUAACUUCCUGGUCGUUAAUUUGGCCUUUUCCGAUUUCUGUAUGAUGGUGACGAUGGCUCCUCCAACGAUUCUCAACUGUUACUAUCAAACUUGGGUAUUAGGAUCGCUAUUCUGUGAAAUUUACGGCAUGUUCGGAUCAAUCUUCGGAUGUGGCUCAAUAUGGACCAUGGUCUUCAUCGCUAUGGACCGUUACAACGUCAUCGUCAAAGGUUUGAGCGCCAAGCCAUUGACCAAAACGACCGUCCUCUUCUGGAUAUUCUUGAUAUGGGGCAUGGCCUCUAUCUGGACAGCUGCACCUCUGUUUGGAUGGAAUCGGUAUGUACCGGAAGGCAGUUUGACUGCUUGUGGAACUGACUAUCUAAGCGGAAAUACAAUGGACAUCAGCUAUCUCAUCGUUUACGGAUCGUUUUGUUAUGUCCUCCCACUUUUGUCUAUCAGCUACUUCUAUUUCUUCAUUGUACGGACAGUAGCAGCCCAUGAAAAGUCAAUGAGAGAUCAAGCCAAGAAGAUGAACGUCGCAUCCCUCCGUUCCUCAGAAAACGCAGCGAAGAGCUCCGAAUACAAACUGGCAAAGAUCGCUCUGAUGACCAUCACUCUGUGGUUCAUGGCGUGGACGCCCUAUAUGGCCACCAACUUAGCCGGCAUCCUCGGCAGCACGAAGAUCAACCCUCUGAGCGGCAUCUGGUGCUCGAUUCUCGCCAAGGCUAAUGCUGUUUACAACCCCAUCGUAUAUGCAAUAAGCCAUCCUAGAUACAGGCUGGCACUCGAAAAGAAGUUUCCAUCGCUGGUAUGCGGAGCUGUACACGAUGACACCGUAUCAACAGCUACAGGAGUUACGAAUUGUAUUGAGGAUGACAAGACUACUACGAUAUAAAUGCUACUGUACCAUUCUGAACUUGAUUUUUUUAUCUGCAAAGCUGUGACUUGGACUUUAUGAAUUUUUAAUAUACCUCUACACCUAAAAUGCAAUGUUAAUUCAAAAAUUAUCUAUCUAUAUGAUGAUACAAAAAAAAAUUACCUGAAAUUAACAAUAAACCCAGCAAGCAUAUUGUCG